CACCUCAAUAAAUGCUUUGGUCAUGGAUCCUCUCCUCAAUGCAGCAACCGAACGUCAUCAUCUUAUUUCCGAAGACAAAGGCCAAACCGUUACUAGCAAUGACACCAGCAGCCAGCGAGUUGAUUCAGGUGGCACGGCGCUCCAAAGGAAGACAAAAACCUUGGCGUUCACCACACACAUUGAUAUUCCUUGUCUCGACUAUUCCUACAAUCACACCCGGAAGUUGGCCUUCCCCGGAGACCGGCCUGAGACAUCCGUAUAUUACGACGGGGCCAGCUGGGACGUUUGUGAGGACUACAGUGAUAUGGAUGAGGUUUAGCUAUGAAGGGCGGUCUGAGGUUUCCUGAGUUUUUGGCUUUCGUUUUUUUUCUUUAAUUAGCUCAACUGUUCGUUUAUUGACAUGGGAAAGGCACUGGGGGGUCUAGUAGGUAGUUUUCG